GUCUUUUCACACGUGCUGUAAACGUUUGGACUCGUCGCAUGUAACACAGCUCAGAGUUCAUAGCGCCACAAAAUAUUAGUUAUAAAAACAUAUCUUGCGUUUCGUUUCCUUUUCAAACCCGGGUGAAAGAAAUAGUCCUCCGUGAAGCAUUUCGCCGAGAGGGCCGGAAUACCAGAAAAACAACUCAAAAUGACUGAAGCCCAAGUGAACCCAAAGGCCUACCCGCUUGCCGACGCCACGCUUACCAAAACCAUCCUGGACCUGGUGCAGCAAGCUUCUAACUACAAGCAGCUGAGGAAGGGGGCAAACGAGGCCACUAAAACCCUGAACAGAGGCAUCGCUGAGUUCAUUGUGAUGGCUGCUGAUGCUGAACCACUGGAGAUCAUCCUCCACCUGCCACUGCUCUGCGAGGACAAGAACGUGCCAUACGUGUUUGUCCGCUCCAAGCAGGCCCUGGGUCGGGCCUGUGGGGUGUCGCGCCCCGUCAUUGCUACCUCGGUCACCAUAAAGGAGGGGUCUCAGCUCAAGCCGCAGAUUCAGUCUGUUCAGAUGGCUAUUGAGAGACUGCUCGUGUGAAUUUUGUUGCACUGUCGUGACAAAGUCUCCUGAAGGAAGGGGAAGAUGAAUUCCAAUUUGAAAGAAAUCCUGUUUUCUGUUAGAUGAAAAAAGACAGUUGUUAUACAUGGAAAGGAAAAAUUGCUGUUGUCUUAUUUUUUUAUUAUUUAGGACAUUGAGUCCGCUUCAGUGUAUCGGUUUGCAAUGGCAUCAGCUGAUUCAGAAGAAAUCAUUUUUUAAUUAAACCUGGUGUUUUGUUCAUUUAGUCUUUCAUGUUGUAUUCAUUUUCAUUCAUGUUCUGUAGUAAACUUUUAACAA